CGUUCAUAUCUGGGGCACCACCGCUUGGGGGAGGAGUAUAAGAGCAGGGGGAGGAAGAGAGCAGCCGCUGGAGGUCAUCAACCAACCAUCGCCGGCCAUACGCCAUCCUACUUUUUCUUGACUUCAUAGCGUCAGCUACUCCGCGAAGCCGGAGCGCUUUUUUAUAGAUAGACAGACAGAACCCCCAUCCAGAAAUUGCCGAGGAGACCUUGCGGCUGCGGGGAAGAGGAGUUGGAGAGGAAGAAGAACGCUAGCAUCAUGCUGGACCAUCUCGUCGGACUGGUGAAGGUGCGCGUCGUGAGGGGGGUGAACCUCGCCAUCCGCGACCUCCGAUCCAGCGAUCCCUACGUCGUCGUCCGCAUCGGCAAGCAGAAGUUGAAAACACGGGUGAUAAAGAAGAGCACCAAUCCGGAAUGGAACGAAGAACUCACCCUCUCCAUUGAGAACCCUGCAGAUCCUGUCAGAUUGGAAGUGUUUGACAAGGACACUUUUGUGGACGAUUCAAUGGGUAAUGCAGAGCUGGACAUCCGCCCAUUGGUCGACGUUGUGAAGAUGAAACUCCAGGAUGUUCCCGACAAAACCAUUGUAAAGAAAGUGGUGCCCAACAGAGAGAACUGCCUAGCAGAGGAGAGCUCGAUUUAUGUAUCCGAGGGGAAGGUGAAGCAGGACCUGGUUGUCAGGCUAAAGAACGUGGAGUGCGGGGAAAUAGAGCUCCAGCUUCAGUGGGUCGACCUCCCUGGUUCAAAGGGUGUCUGACAGUAUGAGGUUAUGAGCCUAUAAACUCAGCGCUGCCCUGCUGUCUUACAGGGUACCCAAGUAAAAGUAAGAUUCAAAGUGAGGAAUGUAACUAAGGAUGAUUAUGGUACAGCAAGUGCUGUUUAGGAUAUUGAUGUUUCUAUGUGAUUGUACAUAAGUGGUUGUUUGGAUCUCGUGUUUUAUGAAAACCAGAUUUCAUAAGACCCUUUUUAGCCGGACAAAACAUUUAAA